CACAGCUGUCAGGAACCAUGACACAAGAUGACCGAUACAGUGGUCGUCGAGGGACAAGUGAGACUCAGAGAAGGGAAAAAGUGGAAAACCAGAUGGGUGGUCCUGCGAAAGCCCUCUCCAGUAGCAGACUGCCUGUGUGUGCUGGUCUAUAAGGAACGCAGUAAAGGCCAGCGGGAGAAGAGUCAGCUCACCCUGGCUGAUAUCUGUGGCUUGGAGCUCCUGCAAAGUUAUGAAGGCGUGAACUAUGCUCUUACCCUGCUCUGUCUAACGCAGUCCGUUACACUCGGCUUCGACAGCAGGGAAAACCUCCUGGCCUGGGACACACGCAUUCGCUACAGCCUUGGAGAGGUGCACAGGUUCAGUGUAAACAUCCAGCCAGGCACUAAGCUGGAGAGCGGUGCAGCCGCCCUGCAUCUGUGUAAUAACCUGCUUGUUAUAGCCCGGGACAUCCCUCCAGCAGUUAUUGCGCACUGGAGACUGACUGACCUGAGACGUUAUGGAGCAGUGCCUAAUGGAUUUAUCUUCGAGGGAGGGACACGCUGCGGCUAUUGGACUGGUGUCUUCUUUCUGGCCUGUGCAGAUGGGGAACAGAUCAGCUUUCUGUUUGACUGUAUCGCUCGAGGAAGCUCUCCGAGGAGGACACCGUUUGGUUUGCGCCCCUCCCUAUCAGAUCUCAGUGCUCAUGCUUCCUCGGUUGAGGAGAGGAUUACACAGGAAGCCAGUGAACUGGAGAAGCGCCUCAGCAUGCUGUCAGUGUGCAGCCGACAGAGCAGCACAGCCUCCCACUCCACAGGAGAUGCCCGCAGUAUCUCAAGCUCCUCCUCUGAUACCAGCCACUCAGAUGCCAGUUUGAGCAGUCGCUUAGCAACAUGGGCUGAACCAGUUCGAUACCCCACUCCCAUAGAACCCUCUGUGUCAGUGUCAGGAGCAAUGGGUUCAAGGCCAUCAAGUGAGGAGCAUCAUGAAGGAUUACUUCGCCCACCAACUAAACCGCCAUGCCCCAGAGGAUUACAAGAGGCCGGGCGUCAGAGCUCGACUGACAGCGGCAUCGCUACAGGAAGCCAUUCGUCUUACUCCGGAAGCUUCUCUUCCUACACAGGCAGCUUAGAUACAGCACAGGGUGAGAUUGAGGAGUUCGGCUCGGUGAUGAGCCUCACACUGAACACAAAUUCCAGCACAAACCUGACUGCAAACCCCAACACUCCAACUUCCACUUCUAACACAAACCCCAGACUUCCUCCACAAUUCCAAACAGCCAGCAUAUUAGCAAGCCCUGAUCCUUUAUCACCAGGGUACAGACUAUGUGUUUGCCCCAUCGCUGGGGUAUCUGAGGUACAGGAGUUGGAGUACCAGGUACCCACUCAGCUCCUGCAGCACUACGACACCCCUCGCAGAUUUAUUCAGCCACACCCUUCCACCUCCUCAACCCAGAAGCCAGAGUGUGGUCUAUCAGAGCCACUGGGAAGCACUGUUUCUUCCAAACUGACUGCAGCUGCGAGUGUGAGCGGUGAUGGAUUUCUACCCCCCGGAGGAUUGACCAUGCAACGACACGUUCUCUGUCCUGUCUGUGGAGGAAUCAAGAUGGCGAUGCCUAUUCCAUACACACGUUCCUCUCAUGUCCCUGCUGCACUAGAAAAAACAAGUCCUGAACUGAGCAGCACUGCUACAGCUCCACCUGAGGGCAUAAGUGUGGGGCCCUUCACAGAGGCCGAGCAGUUCAGCCGAUACGAGCUGUUAAGCGGCCAAGUACAGCAGAAGUGCUUUCUGGAGACCGAGGGACGUUCAUCAGCAGUGCCCACAUCUCCCAUGAUCUCUCUAAGGCUUUUCAGACACUCAUCCUUGUCUGGGAGAUCAUCAGCUCUGUCAGGAGACUCAGGGUCUACAGUCACAGAUCGACUUCAGGGGGAAUCGGUGAAUUACGUCAACAUCCCUGUUAGUCCUAUGUCUAAACGACAGUUAAACUACAUGGAGCUGGACCUGCUAGAUGUACAGGAGACUGGCCACACCAUCAGAGGGGCAUCAAACACUAAAUACGCACAGAUUGACCACGCUGCCACUGAGACGGCUCAGAGAGUAGGAGCCCAGCAUGCACAGGGCAGAGAGGAGAGACUACACGAACUGGAGCAGAGAAGAAGAGGAGCGCUGAACUAAGCUCAUACUGAACACACGAUCCCUAAACCAAGUACCAGCAUUUUUCAUGACAUUCGCUAGCACACAGGAUAUGACCUAUUGCUUUCUAAAACUCAAAUUAAAAAAAUGGAAUAUUCUACCAGGAAACUGCAUUAAGUGCACAUGGAAAAAAAACAAAGUCAUCCAAUUUUGUGGUUUUAUAUAUUUUAUUGUAUUAUUACUUACUGUUGAAGUAUGCCGAGUACAAAAUGAGACUAUGCAUUACUAUUAGUUAUGGUUUUGAUGUAAGUACUCUUGAUAACUUGUAAAUAGUUGACCUUUUUUUCCUUCAAAUGACCAACUUUGUACAUUUACAGAUUUAAGUCUCAAAUGUACAUCACGUAAGAUCCUGUGUUUCUUUUUUAUUUAUUCAUUUGACAUUUCUAUCUUUAGUGCAAUAAACAUCCUAUUCAAUAAUUCAAUGACAAGAGAUUCAUUGUUUAGAAAUAAAUGGUACAUCCCAGAUUUGUUCAUUGGUAAGUAUACACUAAAGGAAACAAGGUGUAAAGAAUGGAAGGGGAAAUUUUUUUUUUUUUUUUUUUACACAACUAUCACAUACUCCCAAGGCGACAGCAGAAUUUACUGUACACCCCAGACAAAGUACGAUUCUGCAGGGUCACACUGACUGAAGGACUACAGAUUGAGUCACAGGUGAAAUUAUCUAUGGCACAAUAGCUGGAUUCAACCACAAAGUCAUGCAAAAAAAGGGGUGUCUAAUCUUAUCUUUGAAGGGUGGGUGCAGAUUUUCAUUCCGACCAAACAAUCAACCAAUUGAAAAUCAAAAGAUCUUCACUAUCAGUGGACUAUGAAUUGGUUGGAGCAGAAAACAUCAUAUACACUGACCCUACACUGACUGAAGAUAUGAUUAGAGUCCAGUGCUCCUGGGACAUGUGGUCAGACAAUGCAAGACAAGCUUAUUGCCAAAGUUGCUACUCUAUAAGUAAUAACUUUUAUUGUUAGUAUUUGCAAAAAAAAAAAACAUAAAAAUGUAAGCUGUUAGCAAGGACACUCAAUUUCUCAUACAGAGGAUUUUAAAAGGUACAAAAUAGGAGACCCUAAACAGGACAUCUAACAGACUAUGGUCAGUAACUCAACCCCCUUUGGGAAAGACAAACAUAAUAAAAUAGGACCUGAGUGAGAGAUUCUCCUGUAUGUAGAUGUGGACUGUGUAGAAAAUUACUGAGGAAUUUAAUAAUGCAAAAGUCUGGCCUUAAUACUGCAGUGUCAGUCAAAAGGUAAACACCCUCCUGGAACCAAUUUUCACUUCUACAUGGAUGGUGCACUAGGGAAUGUCACGCCAAGAAGUAUGUACUGCACUUUUAGACGACGGUUCUUAUGCAAAUCAGUUUGAGCAAACAGACCCACAUCUAGCCAUCUAUCUAGGAAAGCAGAUCUGCUCACAAAAUAUACAAGAAUGGUCAGACAACCAAUGGACAUGGCAGUAGAAAUCAUCUUAUAGGAUGUAGGACUCUGUAGCAUAGGCGAGAAGAAUCAGCAGUAAAGAGGAAAAUGCAUACUAGUGAUAAGGGCAGAUGUGAGCCUGAAAACACAUUUAAAUAGGGCUGUCCUGCCAAGGAGUGCAAUAACUGGCAACUGGCCAUUUGCUUACGUGGCACUGACAAAGCAGUCCAUAUGUGUAAUCCCUUUGAGAUCUGGACUACUAUAUUCGGGUGCAGAUGUCGCUCCUGUAAACGUAUGUGCAGUCUUGACAGUGCAUCUACUGCACCACUGCAUUACAAUGUGGUCUCAGUCAACCAGCACUCGACAUUAUCUGGAAACUUUAGUAGAAGUUAAUGCAGCCUCUCACCCGAAGAACCAUGUGACCUGCUUUGGUCCAGGGAGCACUGCUAAAAACGCACUGAAACCUGAGCACUGCAUUGUGAACGGGAACACAGCAGCCAAAUAUGACAGUAGCUUGUUGCCAGUGCACAUUGGAUGAGACCAAGUCACCUGUAUACACCUUGAAAAACCACACAGUUCUGCAUUUCUGCAUGUUAACAAGCCUGCAAAGAUACAAUUCCGUUGUAAUCAAUGUCCAUAAAAACAAGGCAUAACCCAUCAAAUGCAUACAGAUGUGUGUUCAGGGCUUGUUUUCAUUGCAAGGUGCAUCUAGAGCUUUCAUUCCCAACCACCCCCAUCCUCUUAGGUUGGAAAAAGUGCACAAAAACCCUUCCUCCCAACUUCCCAAUCCUUCCUCCCAACAAGAGGUGUGAACAUGCAUGUGUACAUCCGAUAGGCUUUGGUAGAUUAGACUAAGGUCAAUUUGGCACGCUGGCCUUGUGCUUUUUGCAGUAGGCCCAAAUAAUAGCCCUGCCACAUAAGCCAAGAGUCCACAGGGCUCAUUUACACAUAACAGGCUGUUCAGACUGCAGCAAACAUACUUUACUAUGUAUAAAACCCACGUGGACAAAAUGUUGCACAAUAUACUGACUGGAGUGCCCCAAAUGUCCGGAAUAAGGAGUGAAUAAACUACCAGGCAGCCUGGAGGGACUGUUAUAAUACCAAACGUUUUACAAUAACCAAUGCUUUACCUAAGCAGUUUUCAAAACAUGGCCGAUUUGCCAAAAAACGAGCACCACAAUUGCCUGAUAUCUGAAAGCCAAAUCACAGGAGCAGUGCAGAAGAUCCAGUGUUAUGGAAUCAGCUGCAUCGAACCCGACUCUUCAGAACCCAAUCUUCAGCGUGUAGAUCAUGGCUUCUUUUAUAAAGAUAUGCAAACUGGCAAGACCAGAAUCAGACUCCUCUCUAGAUAAUGCAAGACUGGAGUUAAAAGUGAAGCUUCAAAACCAUUUUUUUAGAAAAAAAGUGCACAGUUUGUAAAGCAAUCCUUUAAAAGACUGCUGUAAUUAAUCCAAAUAAUAUUAUAUAACCAAUAAGAGACCAUUAUUGUCUUGAUUUUCCAUACACAAGUGCUAAAAUUGCUCUGGCCCUAUGUGUAAAUCACUAAAAACCUCUGCCAAUCAAUUAUACAGUCUAGAUUUCAGUAACGGAAUGAACAAUUGUCUUUUAUUUACAGAGAUUACAUUAUCAAAUAACAAAUGCAAAAAAAAAAAAAAGAUGAGCUUUUUUGAAAGAUUUCUAAAACUCUGAAAAGUACCAGUGAAUCAAAUAUUGCAUUCUAAGUUUAACCUGCACCCCUCCUGUGGGAAUGCCUUCAGCAGCUCAAACACUCACGAAUAAUGACUGCACAUAAAAUUCACCAUACUGUACAUAUGCUUUUGUACCUAAACUUUCAAAAAGGGUUUUGCUUCCAAUCAAAUACAAACCAUGUUAUGUCAUUUCUUUAACAAUAAAAUAAAUCAGUGCUGUGGAUUUCAAAUGUUCUUGUGAAUAUUAAAAUUAUUUAAACAACCUUUUAAAAAAGAAA